GCUCGAAAAUGCGCGGCGUGGCGCAGUUCGGAAGGGACGCGGCGAAGACGACCUCGCAGAGCCCGGACCUGCUGAUGAGCGAACCGAUCGCUUCGCGUUCGCACUUCAGCGUCGUCUACGAGACCGCCAACGACCGGUACUGCCUCAUGGACGCCGGCUCGAAGUGGGGAACCUUCGUGAGGGUUACCGAACCUCACAAGCUGAGCUGCGGCGACUGGUUCCACAUCGGGAAG